AUGCAGUUUGAAUGUGAUUUUCUCAUUUUCUUAGACUCUCUUGGAUAUUUGGAAGGUAAGAUACCGUGUUUCUCUUAUAUAAUUGUUCCGGCUAACUGUGCACUCAUUUAUUAUACUUCUUGUUUUGAAAGUUGGACUAUUUUGAUGUCUCGCAAUAUAGCUGCAGAUUUUCAGGAUAUCGAAAUAAUCGGAAGGGGGUCUUUUGGGUUGAUCUGGAAAGUCAAGCAUAGGCCCUCUGGGAGAAUAUUCGUGCGAAAAGAGAUAUCGUAUAAAGGAAUAAGUAAGAAGGAAGAGAAGCAGUUAGCAAGUGAGUUCGAGAUUUUGCAGAGUUUACAUCAUCCCAAUAUUGUUCAGGUUUAUGAUAUUGACAAAAAUGUGGAUAAACAAAUCAUAAAUAUCUACAUGGAAUAUUGUGAUGGUGGUGAUGUUUCACAGUUGAUAAAAAAGUACAGAGAAAGCAAAAAAUACAUACCAGAAACACUGAUUUGGCAGAUAUUCACGCAGACAUUGCUUGCGUUAUAUAGGUGUCACAACGGGAUAGAUAUCGAGCCCGUAGCUUCUUUAUUUCAAGAAACGAGUAAUCUCAAAAUACCCGAAGUGCCAAAUUUAAAACAAGUCCUUCAUAGGGAUAUAAAGCCAGAAAACAUCUUUUUCAUGUCCGAUAAUUAUACAGUGAAACUAGGUGAUUUUGGGCUUGCAAAAUGUUUGGGCCCAAAUACUUCAUUUACUCAAACGUAUGUUGGAACUCCCUAUUACAUGCCGCCCGAAGUUGUAUCCGAACAGGAGUACAAUGCAUUAUGCGAUGUAUGGUCUCUAGGAUGUGUCAUGUAUGAAAUGUGCGCUUUGAAACCACCUUUCACAGCAAGCACUCAUUCACAACUUCAAGAAAAGAUCAAAAGAGGUGUUUACAAUCCGAUUCCUUCAUGUUAUUCGAACAGGUUAAAACUUUGCAUAUCUGCAUGUUUGAUCACCGAACUUAGCGAACGUGCAGAUGUUAACUUACUACUUCAAAAUACUUCAUUUAAGAUUUAUAGACGAGAGUGGGAGUUAAAUCAACAAGAAUUUGAGCUGGCCAAACGAGAGAUUGAGCUAAAAAAGAGAGAAAUUUCCCUUAUAAGAUUUAAAGAAGAACUUAUAACAAGAGAAAAACAGGCGAUCAUGAUAGACAAAGCAUUGGAAGAUGAAAGGCGGUUAAUGAAUUUGAAAAAUGAUGAAACUAGAAAGAUUAUGAGACAAGAAUUUGAUAAUGUCGUACAUGCCAAAGUCGAAGAGAAAAUCCGACAGUUUAUAUCUGAAUUCAAGGAGAAUCAGGUUCCGCUGCAUAAGCUUUUAUCAAAGCAUCUCACUCUAGAAACAAAACAACAACAGCAACAGCAAAUCCCACAAUUACAGCCGCAGUCACAGUCACAAUCACAGACACACCAAGUUUUAGGCAGUAACAACUAUGGUGCACCGUCAUCCCCGAUAAAGCUUAGAGGACCACGUUCAUAUGAGGAUGUGGAAAUACCGAGAUACAAAUAA